UCUAAGGUUGAUGCUGACCCUACUUUCCAUGAAGAAAAUCUCGUAUUUUCCACACUGGAUCUUUUUUUUGCUGGAACUGAGACAACGUCUACAACCAUCCGCUGGGCUCUGCUGUACAUGGCCCUAUAUCCAGACAUUCAAGAGAGAGUGCAAGCAGAGAUUGACGCAGUGAUUGGCCAGUCUCGCCAGCCAGCCAUGGACGACAGGGACAACAUGCCAUACACCAAUGCAGUUAUUCAUGAACUACAAAGGAUAAGCAACAUCGUGCCUUUAAAUGUGCCCAGAAUGGCAACUAGUGACACAACACUGGCCGGAUUCUAUGUGCCAAAAGUAAGCUGGACAGAAAUGUAGUUUUCACUUCUUAUCUUGGUUUAAGAAAUUAAUAGAGAUGAGCCCA